UUCGCCUGCACGUGACGUCGCAGGCAACGGAAAUCCGUCUCCCUUCUCGACGUCGCGGCCGGGCUGAGUGAAUGCUGGAUAAUAAUAAGGACCUGGGGAGGGACUGACUGAAAGGUGGCGCGAUGAGCGACGGGUCUGGGGAGCCGGCCGCGGAGGCCCCGCCCACUACCGGAAGGGGGGUCCGAAUCAUGGUGGAAUACUGCAAGCCUUGUGGCUUUGAGUCUGCCUACCUAGAGCUGGCAAGUGCAGUAAAAGAAGAAUAUCCUGACGUGGAGAUUGAAUCCCGGCUUGGAGGGACAGGUACUUUUGAAAUAGAGAUAAAUGGGCAGCUGGUCUUCUCCAAACUCGAGAAUGGAGGAUUUCCGUAUGAGAAAGAUCUUAUUGAAGCCAUCCGGAAGGCGUGCAAUGGGGAGCCACUUGAGAAGAUCACCAAGAGCCGACCGCCUUGUGUCAUCCUUUAGUCUCUCUCUCCGGUCUCUGUCUUUCAAUCCCCCACCUGCCACCCCUUAAUUCUAGCCAUCCUUGCCUCCACCUGACUCCAGGUUUAAUUACCUUGCUAAGUGGGGAUUCAAGAGGGAUGACAAGACAAUUUGAGUUGCCUUUCUGCAAAGAGCCUUCUAAGCAAGAACUUGAGCCACUUCAUGGAAGUAAGGAGAACAGGGCACUUGCUACAUACAUUCAGUCAGUCAACCUUUCUCCAGAAGGUGAAUCCACUCCAGAGACUAGCAUGGAUUUUAAUUUGACUCCUGCAUUUCUCUGUCCUCAUCUGUCCUCACAAGAGUGAUGCCUUAUUUCCUCCCCCAUCUCUUUUCAGAGUUGGUGUCUUUGGUGUUUCAUUCUGGGACUUCAGCUAUUACUUUCUUCUCCUACCCCCUGACACUUCUUUUACCAGGAGCCAGAAUAAGCUAGCCCUUAGUAUGAGGUCUGAACUGUUGGAGUAAUGCUUGUUAAAAAGGCUGGACACCAUCCCUGAGUAGAUAGAAUUGAUACUACGGAGGAAGUUCUGAAGGACCACACACCCCUCCAACCUACUCUUGGGGACCAGUAUUCUUAAACUAGUGCUCCAGAGUAGAGAACUCUCACUGUCCAAAUAAUGUGAGUGAAAAUUUCCCACAGCAACACUGCAGGUAUAUUUCCCAUCCAUGUCCCAAAUGCGGCUUGAAGUGUAACUUCAAUGAAGGUCUUUAAUUUUUCAUUGUUCCGGCCUUGUUUUGCAGGUUAUUGUCACAGCAGCUGUAGGGGCAGGAAAAGGCACCAGCAAAGGCCAGGACUUUCAAGGGACCAUCCCUUAAGGCAACUUUCCCCAACCUGCUGCCUUCCAGAUAUUUUGGACAACUCCUCCCAGGAUUCCUGACUAUUGGCUAUGCUGAAGUCCACAAUGUCUGGAAGGCACCAGGUUGGCGAAGGCUGUCAGACCAGACCAGAAUGUUUAGGCAAAGGAGAGGAUGGAGCUUAACACAAAGCUUUUUCCAGGCCUGUUAGCAAUCCAACAGUCAGACAUUGGGACUUCUGUGCUCCAUAAAAUGCCCUUACCAUUUUUUAAAGACCUGCAUGAAACCUAGAGCAGUUCAGAAUAGGCCAGUGAUUUAGGAAGAACGUUAUUCUUCAAAGCCAUUUUGUUGAUGAUAACAUGUGAUGCAUAUCUAAACUGCAGGUACUUAAGCCAUAUCUUUCUGAAUUGUAGACAUUAUCCAGCCAAACACUAAGCAUUUUAAAGUCCCAUUGAUUUAAAGAGUAAAGUAUGUGCUUAAUUUUUCCAGGGCAAUUAUGGAACUUCAAGUGUUUAAGGUUUAAUUCAGGCUGGAUUGCAUGCACGCAUCCUUUAAAAGUAACAACUGCGCUCUUUAGGAUAUCAUCCUUAGACUGAACAGCAGACCCACCUCUCUUCCUUUCUGUUACAUUAGUAGAGCCUUCCCCAUGUGUUGGACUUCAAACUCCAUCACCCAGAUCCAGCAGGCAUUUGGAGGGCACCAGGUUGGUGAAGGCUGACGUGACCUCGCUGUGCUGUUACAUUUCUGCAUGUCACACAUUUUGUUUUACUAGAGGGGAAAGGGGGGGGGGAGAGAGGAGACAAGGGAGGGGUGGCUGUGUAAUGACAGUCCUACAUAAUACAUUGCAUCUAGUUAAAAGCUGACAUGCUUAAUUCUUCUUUUAUGCCUCCACCGUUUCAAAACAUGUGGGCUUUAUCAUCAUUUUCACUUCUUUAUCUGUCAGUUGGUGACUCUGACACAUCUGCCACAGUUGAAGUGCUAAAAGAAAGUCUUAAGUGCUGCUGCUAACUGGUACGGAGACGCGGGCCCCUUGCAGGAGCUGGAAGUUGGGAGUCAGAGCCAAUAGUGCUCCUACUCCCCAUUGUCUUACUUUAUGUGUUGGCAACGUUGAUGAAUCCACUUGGUUAAUUCAGUUUGUAUAAAGAAGGAAGAAGUUC